AUGCCUCCGUCAGCAAUCGAAACCAAUGCUACUUGCUUCCCACUUAGCUCCAGAUUGACACCACCAAAAGAUAUUGAAACAGAAAACCGUUUAUCCGGCAGUAUCCCGAAGAGUGAAGAGGUUCCCGUUUCGGUUGUUGAUCAAUCUUCAGGAAGGCAAGAACAUGAUAUUGGGAGACUGCCGGAGCGAAAAAUUGUGAAUGGAACAUCAAGACAUCCAGCCUUCGAAGACUUACCAUACGGAUCCAAAACAGAUCCAAAAGCCUCCGCAUGGGGUCUUUGGGGGCCUACUGACGAGCUUGGUACAUCGAAUUACUUGACUCCGGAGAUCAUAAGUCAUGCGUCAAAGGAGAUCCAGACAGGUGUCGUGGUUCCUCUCAAUCUUCCUCUCGACUGCCCAAUUGUACCCAUGAAUCCGAGAAGAGCUCCAUGUGAACAUGAGAUUCUAGCAAAAGGCUAUGCGAACGAUGACAAGAUUGAACUGAAUACUCAAAGUUCCUCGCACUGGGACGGUCUCCGACAUUAUCCAUACCAGGAUGAAGUCAAUCCAAGAUACUACAACGGCGCUUCUCAAGCCGAUAUCAGUGGACCGGCUGCGAAUAAUAGAAUUGGAAUUCACAAUGCCGCACAGCACGGUAUAGUGGGACGUGGCGUCUUGCUUGACUGGCGCACAUACGCUAUUCAGAACAACAUCAAAUACUCUCCAUUCGAAAGCCAUCCUAUUCCGUUGUCUGAGCUUCUCACAGUAGCAGAAGAGCAAAAGGUCAUAUUCGAGCACGGGGAUAUCCUUCUCAUCCGAUCUGGUUGGACAGAAGAAUAUUUGAAGCUUUCACCUGAAGAGCAGCGCCAGCUAAGUAGUCGAGAGAAGCGCGAAUUCGUCGGUGUCGAUGCAUCACGGGAGAUGAUAAAGUGGCAUUGGGAUAACGGGUUCUCAGCCGUUGCAGGUGACACAAAUGCUUAUGAAGUAUGGCCACCGACAAAGCCUUGGGGUGUGGCCUGUCAUGAAGUGUUCUUGAGCGGAUGGGGCAUGCCUAUUGGUGAAGUUUGGGAUCUGGAGGCUUUGGCAGUGAAGUGCAAGGAGGUCUCUCGAUGGACGUUCUUUUUAACGAGCAUGCCGUUAAAUCUGAAAGGAGGAGUAGCGAGUCCUGCAAACGUUAUGGCCAUAUUUUAG